AUGAAUAUUAUUCCAAGGUUUGGAAAAAAUUUAAAAAAUGGAUUGUUCAACAUGACUAAAAAGUAUACUACCCCAAGUGCUACUCCACCGAACCCCCCGACUACAAAUCCAAGUGUAACGUCUUCAUUCAAUUCAAAUAUUAAAUUACCUCUUACAAAUACAAGAAAAAUCAUGUGUGUCUGGGCUAAACGAUAUCCGUCACUGAAAGAUGUUCCAGAUCAUGUCACACCUGAAGUAUGGAACAAAGUUCGUUCUGUUAUACGUAUCAAAGUGGCCAACUAUACAAUGUUCUUUAUAAUCUUGGGGUGUAUUGCAAUGGUUGUUACAGGCAAGAGGGCCCGUGACCGUGGUGAGACAAUAAUGCAAAGAAACUUGGAUUGGCAUCAAAAGUACUCAGAAGGAAAAGAAGACACAAAGAAUAUUGGUGUGUUUGGAAAAUAA